UGCUAUGUAGUGCCAUAUAUGCAAGUAUAUCUUCAUAUAAAACUCAUUUGACCCUCUUUCCAAAUCCAUAUCACAAUCCUCCUCCUCCUCCUCCUACUCCUCCUCUCUAAAUCAACGCCACCGUGCACCACCGUCGUCACACAUGGAAACCGACGGCGGAUACUCACCGACUUCCAGCGGCGAAAAGCGAAAGAAGAGAGACGCAGACAAACCCUACAGAGGGAUAAGGAUGAGGAAGUGGGGCAAGUGGGUGGCUGAGAUUCGUGAACCCAACAAACGCUCUCGUAUCUGGCUCGGCUCCUACUCCUCCCCCAUCGCUGCAGCCCGAGCCUACGACACCGCCGUGUUCUACCUCCGUGGCCCCUCCGCCCACCUCAACUUCCCUGACUCCAUUGCAGACGAUGGAUACCUUCUUGACCUGUCUUCUGAUUCCAUCAGGAAGAAAGCUACUGAAGUUGGAGCUAAAGUUGAUGCUCUUCAAACCCGAAACGGUGGUUCGAACCACCACUCGCAGUCGUCGGAGUCUUUGGACCUUAACCAGUUUCCAAGCCCAGAAUCUUCAGAUGAAAAUUAAUUAAGGGUUUUUAUCAAUUGUUGAUUUUGAUUUUUAAAGAAAAACAUAUAGUUUUAUAGGUUAUAGAUAGAUAGAGGAAGGUAGAGAUGCAGAAUCCGAAGGGAUUAAUAUUAAGGAUUAUACAUGUUGUUGUUCAUCAUCGUCAUCCAAAAGUUUAUAAAUAUUUAUGUUGCUAUUUU